GGCGGCUGCGCGACCUGGGCCAGGCCCUGCGCGAAGCCGAGGCCGACGGUGCGGCCUGGGCACUGCUGCACGCCCAGGCCGCGCCGCUGCGCGCCCAACUGGCCGAGCGACUACAGCUGCUGACCCAGGCAGCCUAUGUGGGCGAGGCGCGGCGGAGGCUGGAGAGGGUCCGGCGCCGCCGGCUGCGGCUUCGCGAGAGGGCCCGGGAACGCGAGGCCGAGCGGGAGGCGGAGGCCGCGCGAGCAGCGGAGCGCGAGCAGGAGAUUGACCGCUGGAGGGUGAAGUGCGUGCAGGAGGUGGAGGAGAAGAAGCGGGAGCAGGAACUUAAAGCUGCUGCUGAUGGUGUCUUAUCUGAAGUGAGGAAAAAACAAGCAGACACCAAAAGAAUGGUGGACAUUCUUCGGGCUUUGGAGAAAUUGAGGAAACUCAGGAAAGAGGCUGCAGCAAGGAAAGGGGUCUGUCCUCCAGCCUCAGCGGAUGAGACUUUUGAGCAUCAUCUUCAGCGACUGAGAAAACUCAUUAAAAAACGCUCUGAACUAUAUGAAGCUGAAGAGAGAGCCCUCAGAGUUAUGUUGGAAGGAGAACAAGAGGAAGAGAGGAAAAGAGAAUUAGAAAAGAAACAGAGGAAAGAAAAAGAGAAAAUUUUACUUCAGAAGCGUGAAAUUGAGUCCAAGUUAUUUGGGGAUCCAGAUGAGUUCCCACUUGUGCAUCUCUUGCAGCCUUUCCGACAGUAUUACCUCCAGGCUGAGCACUCCUUGCCCGCGCUCAUCCAGAUCAGGCAUGAUUGGGAUCAGUACCUGGUGCCAUCUGAUCAUCCCAAAGGCAACUCCGUUCCCCAAGGAUGGGUCCUUCCCCCGCUCCCCAGCAACGACAUCUGGGCAACCGCCAUUAAGCUGCAUUAGUAAAGAGGCUCCAGGAGUGUGGUCCAGCCAAGGCUCUUUCCAGCUCUAAAUGUUAGUGAUGCUGCCAUCUUCUUGUGCUGUAGACUAAUCCACAAUCUCUUAACUCUGUGUGGCAUUGCCCUACCCAGAAGUUAUGUUUUCCUUCCGUGCUCUGUCCUGGCCAGAGGUGCCUCUUGAAUCAGGAAAUUAAUACGGUUCUUCAGGAAAGGACCUAGGUGAACUGGGGUGGCCUUGGUUCACUGAAUUUGCCUCUGUUUUGAGGGGCUUGGUCCAGAGUGACUUGUAAAUUUACUCUCACCUUCCUUGUGUGCUGAUGGGUAAGUACGCUCCAUACCCUCAUUCACUAAACACGGGUGUGCGCUGGGUAGUUUAGCAGGCCUUGCCCCGGUACUGAGUGUGAAGGCAAGCUUGAUGGAAAACCUCUUGAUCCUUCCUACCCGAGGAGCCCUCUAACUUCCAGGAAGAAAAGUCAAAAGUGCUUUAGCUUCGGUUUUGUGAAUCCCGCUUCUGGUGCAGCUUGAGAGGUUGCAGGCUGGGCUGCCGGAGAAGCUGGUGGUUUAGUCUGGUGGCCAUGUGGAGAACGUGGAAAACCUAAAGAGUACCUGUCCUCAAAUUGGACUGUGUUUAAAGGAUGGUGGCUGCAUUUUCCCCAUGUUAGAAGGAUCCUAAUGAAAGCACCUCUUUUUUAAGUUCCUAGAGGUCUAGUUGUUCAGAAUCCCGAAGGAUAGAAAUUUACUUCCCUAUGGGAGUGGGACCUUAACCUCACUCAGUCAUUGUAGGGGCCGGCAUAGCUAUGGGAUUUUCUUAGGAACUCAAGCUUCCAAAAACGUCCAUCCAAGCUGGGGGAAAAGCAGAUAAAAAUAAUAAAAUUUAUUUUUUUAUAUUCAUUAAUAAAUGCUGUUGUGCCUGGA